AUGUAUUCACCACUCAACACCUCCCGCAAAGAGAUACGUUUACUGUAUCUCUAUCCGGGUGCUUGGAAUGAUGGCAUCGAAUGUCGCAUGGAAACCGUAUCCUUGAAAGAUUACCCCAAGUUCCAGGCCAUCUCAUACGUAUGGGGCGACACCACAAAUAAACUAUCCAUUACGGUCAACGGACAACACUUGGCAGUGACUCAGAACGUAGUCACUGGCCUUCAAAGACUCCGCGCUACAGGAGAAACUCUGGCCCUCUGGCUCGAUGCAGUGUGCAUCAAUCAGUCGGAUAUUCACGAGCGGUCCGAGCAAGUGCAGUGCAUGAGGGAGAUAUACAGUUCCGCCGACGAAGUUUUCAUCUGGCUAGGUUACGGCCGCGACUCGCAUUCUCCCUCGGAGCAACCAAAAAUUAUCCGAUGGACUGGUGACGACAGAGAUUUGGAAAUUGUCGACACGUAUUUCAAGCAAGGGACAUUGAAGAAUGGCUCAAAGGAAGACGGCAAUGAAAUCGAAGACGUCGUCGGCCUUUUUGUCUACAUGAAACUUCGAGCUAUGGACAAACACGUUCAUGAAAUACCCUUUUUUGAUGUUCAAGGAGGUAAACUACAAGCAGGAAAAACAUGGUUGGCCAUCAUCCAAGCUAUGCAUACGCUGAGCAGCCAUCCUUGGUGGACGCGGAUUUGGGUCGUCCAAGAAACAAUACUCGCUCGGAAAGCUACCGUCUUAUACGGUAUCAUUACUGUACCCUGGACACUGGUGGCAGAAUCCACCCGCGCUGCUGCACGCCACAUUCAUUGCUGCGGUGAUCUGCACCAGGCACGAGGGGGUCGUGAACUGCGAGCCAUUGUGGAAUUGAGAAAGGCUAGGUACGACGAUCUGGAGUGGCUGAGGGCUGCAAGAGCACAAAACAAAAAUUUAAGCCUAUACCAGGUCAUGAGUCGAACACACUCGCGCAACGCAACAGAUGUCCGGGACGAAGUGUUUGGGGUACUGGGAUUGGUCACUGACUGGCUUGGUCAGUCGCCUUUGAUUCCUGACUACGAUUUGUCUCCGAGCGAGGUCUUCAUGCGCGUUGUUACCAAGCACAUCCAGAGCACUCUUUCAUUGCAUAUAUUGAUGGGCACAGCUCGAACUGGUAUUCCUGAUGUACCAUCUUGGGUCACACAAAGGGGUCGUACGUCGCAGAGUUCUAGCUCAGCAACCGGGUAUAGAAUCAACCGGGCAGUGCUAUUUUCUGCAGCAGGUGGCCGCCCAGCCAGCGUCAGACGAGCGAGCAAUGUCUUGGUUACCGAUGCCUUUGAACCAUGUCUCACUAUUUCGCAAGUGGGUUCAAUUUUGCCAGGGAAUCAUGAUUGGCACAAAUUGAUUGACCGCAUCACAUCGUGGCGCCACAUUGCUCGACUGAAAAAUCCAGCAGACCACACUCUUGGCCCACAGAACCCGGAAAAUGAAGCAUUCUGGCGUACGAUUACUAACGACUCGUGGCAACCACAGCGCAUGAAUUCAGUCGACAUCCUUUCCGCCCAACUCGACUUCAGUGGUGAGGUGUUCACUGCAUACCGACGAUUUGGCAACACCGACGUGAGCCGUAUAGCAGAGGGCUUCUGGGACUGGGCUCAAUCCCAGGCAAAAGGUGACUUGAAGAGAAGGGAACAACAUGCCAGCAGUAUGAAUGAGAUUAAGACGUUUCACCACUCGCUACUGGGUGCAACACUUGACCGGCGAUUUUUCCUCGCCAGCAAUGGCUGCAUGGGAAUGGGCCCGCCUGAGAUGCAAUCCGGCGACAGCAUUGUCAUCUUGCUGGGAAGCACAGUACCAUUUUGUAUUCGGGCCAUGCAAGAUGCGCCUGGUGGACACUACAGAAUCGUCGGUGAUGCAUAUGUGCAUGGCUUGAUGGACGGGGAAGGUGUGCCGAACGAUUAUGAAAAGAAGAUUGUCCAAAUAUUCAUCCAUUGA